AUGUUUAUGGUGAAAACCGCUGGCUGUGAUCCAGGUUUUGCUCCAAGGAAUAUCCAUGUAUCAUAUAGCCCUGAGUUGAUCAGGGAGGAGGACCAUCGUGCUCCUGAUGAGUUCUAUAGUACUGUCUCACUUCCAUACUUUGGAACCCAAAAACCAACUACAGUCAAAUAUUGCAUUACUUGCCACAUCUGGAGAACGCCUCGCAUGAGCCACUGUCACCAUUGCCACUCGUGUGUAUACAUCCACGAUCAUCACUGUGUGUUCUUGAACAACUGCGUUGGUUUCAGAAACUACCGUUAUUUUCUUUGGUUCUUGCUCAUGGUGGUUCUGACAUCCGCCAUGCUUUCAAUUCUCGGCUGGGUCCAUGUUUACCACUACAGGAUGGUGGAGGACCCGGCAGUGGCGUCAUUUCUGGCGUCUAUUUCCAAAAACCCCGUUGCAUUUCUUCUAGCAUUGUAUGGUAUUUGUGCCUUCGUGUACCCAGCCAUGCUCCUCGUGUUCCAUAUCUACUUGUCUGCUAAUAACCUUACAACGAGAGAAUACCUCAACUCCGUUUUCACAACAAGAAAGCUUCCUGAGGACGAGCGCUAUGUUAAUAUAUAUGAUACUCGCGGCAUUCUCCGCAACUUGUGGAACUCCUGGUGGGCCAUGCCACAGGGAGUACCAACACGCAACAUCCGUGGAGUUUACGAGAAAGGCGAUCUUCGAAACGAGCCUCUCAGAUCGUUGGAGGUGGACUGA